UAUUCUUAAUCAUUUUAAUUCUUUUAUAGCAGUAACAUUAUAUAAUAAUGUCUUGCAAUUAUAAUAUAAAAAUUGAUAAAUUUUAAAUUAUUGAUAAUUUUUUUUUUAUUAUUUUACGAUGAUAUCACAGUUUCCAUGACACAUGCCACUAUUUAUAAAUAUUGCGUACAUUCAGAAAAAUUUUGUUGUAUGUAUUAUAUAUACAUACAAUAUACAUAAAACAUUUUAAUGAAUAAAAAAUGCAAAUUGUGAUUAAUAGUGAUUAUUUUAUAUAUCUAUACAUAUAUUAUUUUAUAUGUUUAUACAUCAUCAUCCCUAUUAUUCAUUUUAAAACUUUACUUUUUCGAUAGACAUUUCAUGUCUAGUAAGCGUUCAGAAAUGUGCUAUAACUGUAUUGUGACGUAUUUUUAGUACAAAUAACAGGCGCGCUAUCAAAAUGUCAUGAAAAAUAUUCAAGUAUUUAAAAUUCGAAUAAAAAAUAAUUGAAAAUCUUUAAACUGAAGUUUGUUCGUAUUCGAUUAAAAAAUAAUUGUGCAAUUUAGUUAGGUUAAUUAUAUUAUUAGAAUUAAUAUUUAUUAUUUAUUAAUGAACAGCAACUAGAUAUUGGAAUAUUAUUUUAAUUGAAAUGUUAUGAAGUCAAGAAUUUUAAGUGUGAUAAUUAAUGAACUAUUUAAUAUAAUAAUUUAUUAGUGCUGAUGAAUUCCGAUAAAUGUAAAAUGUGCGCGGUUUUUAAAUCCGCAUUUUUGCGGAAUCAUCUGACAGAAACAUUUGUAUUAGCAUUAAUUUUCACAGAUUUCGGGUUUCAAUUGAUAUCAUUGCUCAAGUUACCAGCACUUUCCACAGAAGAUAAAUUAGAAUAUAAUUUUUAUCCUGUUGCGAGUGGACAACUUCAAUUCCGGAUAAAAGCCCCAAAUGAUGCUCAUAUCGCUCUUACCACGGGCCCUCAAGAGGGAGAACCUAUGUAUGAAGUCUUCAUUGGUGGUUGGAGCAAUAGCAAAUCCGUAAUCCGUAAAAAUAGAACAAAGCCUGAUGUUGCUGAGGUAGAUACACCUGGCAUUCUUAGUGCAGAUGAAAUGCGUGGAUUUUGGAUAAGAUGGAAUGAUGGUGUUCUAUCAAUAGGUAAAGAAGGUGAACCAAGUGCAUUCCUCACGUAUGCCGAUCCAGAACCAUUCGGAAUUGGUUACUUUGGAGUAUGCACUGGUUGGGGUGCUUCUGGUGAAUGGUUAAUCGAAGGACGUGGCUCCUUGUCAACAAAGAAUGAAUUAGUCUACAAGUUUCAUAAUAUAAGGAGUGGCUCGGUUCUUAUUGAAGUGAGAGCUAAAAGUAACGCGCACAUUGCUCUGACCAACAAAAAAGGCGACUCAAGUCCUAUGUAUGAAAUCAUCCUUGGAGGCUGGGAAAAUACAGCAUCCGUCAUCAGAUAUGAUUGUAAACAACCUGAUAAGGUGCGUGUAAAUACUCCAAAUCUUCUGAACGAGAACGAAACAAAGAAGUUCGCGAUUUGUUGGCUUGAUGGUCGCAUCAUGGUCAGAGUUGGUAGUCUUAAUGGUUCUGUGAUCAUGGAAUGGCAGGAUCCUACACCAAUUGGUGUGAGCUACGUGGGUGUGCGUACCGGUUGGGGAGCAACCGGCAAAUGGAAACUUCAAACUGCACUAUAUCCAUCCCCUACGGCUCCUAAUUAUCAAAAUGUAAAUCCAACAGCUCCACCAGUGGAAGGAGUAAUAGAUAUAGGAAAAUUUUGUUGGUGUGAAGCAUCAGGUGGAAUAAUUCCACCAUCUGCAGUUCAAGGAGGAAAAGAUAUUGAUGGGAAUGAUUUGUACGUGGGCAGAGCCUAUCAUGAAGGUGCUCUUCUUCCUGGCAAAGUAAAGCUAGGAGAUACUAUUUGUUAUGUAGCUUGGGGUGGAGAAGAACAUCUAAAGAAUGAUUAUCAGGUUCUUUGUGAUUGUAAUCCUGUAUGGGUACCAACAACUGGAAAUAAUAUUCCUCACAAUGCAAUUCCUGGUGGCGAAACAGAAGAUGGAGAGCCACUUUAUGUCGGGCGUGUACAACAUGAAGGCUCUAUAACAAUCGGCAAAGUGCAACCUUCGCAUAGUGUGUGCUAUAUACCAUAUGGAGGUGUUGAAAUUGCGUAUCCUGAAUAUGAGAUCAUGGUACAGCGGGAUUAAAUUGAAAUUACUUCACCAACAUCGAUGAAUUUAUUAAUGAAUCAUAAUUGUUUAUAUUAUUUUUGUAUUUUAAACAUAAAAUAUUAAUAGUAGAUUCUACCAUGAAUUAAAGAAAAAAAUGUUUUAUGAGUAUGAGAAUAAUUAUCCUAUUUAAUAGUUCGCAAGAGCAAAAAUACAUAAAAUAUUUGCAGCCUAAUCAUCAAAUUUAAUUAUUAUCAGUAUUUUAAUGAAAAGAAACGAAAUGGAAUGUUCUAUCAUAAAAUUAAUGAGAAUCUCUUAUGUGUGCAAACUAGUCUAAUUAUAAAUGGGCUGAUCUUGAUUCAUCGAUCAAUUGGUAUAAACGAGUAUACACUUUUGCACAGAAUAUAAUUAUAAUCACAUUAAUAUAGAAUGUGCAAAUAAAAAAAUUAAUAAUGUAUAUGUAUAGCUAAGCUGUAUAAGCGUAAUAUUGAUUAUAUAUAGUAUUGUUAAUUCUUGUUAGAUGUUCAUAUAGUUUGAAAAACAUUGCUUGAUUGUAAUAUUUCGAAUGAGAAUUAUGAAAAAUAUUUUUUUGAUAAUCAUGCAGUGAUUUGAUGCACAAUAAUUUUUGUUUUUUUUACAAUUGUUGAUAUUGGAAUAUUGUUAGGAAACAAUAAAUAAUAUUUCUAGAAAAA